AUGAGAGAGACCAAUGAGAGAGACCAGCUACUAACUAAGAUCACCAACCUCACAGAAGAGAGAGACCAGCUACUAACUAAGAUCACCAACCUCACAGAAGAGAGAGACCAGCUACUAACUAAGAUCACCAACCUCACAGAGAGAGACCAGCUACUAACUAAGAUCACCAACCUCACAGAUGAGAGAGACCAGCUACUAACUAAGAUCACCAACCUCACAGAUGAGAGAGACCAGCUACUAACUAAGAUCACCAACCUCACAGAUGAGAGAGACCAGCUACUAACUAAGAUCACCAACCUCACAGAUGAGAGAGACCAGCUACUAACUAAGAUCACCAACCUCACAGAAGAGAGAGACCAGCUACUAACUAAGAUCACCAACCUCACAGAAGAGAGAGACCAGCUACUAACUAAGAUCACCAACCUCACAGAUGAGAGAGACCAGCUACUAACUAAGAUCACCAACCUCACAGAAGAGAGAGACCUGCUACUAACCAACAAUAUGAACCUCACAGAAGAGAGAAACCAGCUGAAAUCAGAAAAAAGUGAACUUCAGAAGUUUUCUGCUGGUGUUUGCCAGUUCUUCAGUCUAAACGGUGGAUGGAAGUGCCAUCAAUCCAGUCUUUACUUCAUUUCCUCUGAGACGAAGAGCUGGACUGAGAGCAGAAGAUACUGUACAGACAGAAGAGCAGAUCUGAUCAUCAUAAACAACACAGAGGAACAAGAUUUUGUGAAGGACAUUUCUGGUGGUGAUUUAGUCUGGAUUGGUCUGACUGACAGAGAUGUGGAGGGCAAAUGGAAAUGGGUUGAUGGCAGCGAUGUGACCUCUGGGUUCUGGGAGGAUGGACAACCGAAUAUACCCCAGACAAAAGAAGAAGUCUGUGCUCUAAUUCACUCACCAGAAUGGGCUGAUUUUCCAUGUGGUGAUAACAGUGUCAGCUCGACAGAUGUCAUUGCCAAGCGGGAUGUUCCCAUUGACAUCUUCAGUCAGGGUGGCAUAGCUGUAAUCGGCAGCAGAUUUCACACUAAGGUGGCAUUUGUCCUCUGA